AUGAAUGUUCAUCUGGAAAAAUAAUAAAUUCUUUUUGAUCCUUAUAGCUCAUUGGCUUAGUAUUAAAAACUUGAAUAUUGUAUAAUACUGUAUUAAAAUCAAGUUUUUUAUAAUUUGCUUAAGUUAAAUGAAUAAUAUUCAGAAUAAACAAGGCUUUAAGUAUUGAUAUAUUAAAUAGACGAUAAGCCUAAUUGUAACAAAAUAUUUUGUUAAUAAAGUGAAACUGGACAUUUUUAUAAUAAGGAAACUUAGUAAUAUCAAAUAUUAUUGAAGUUAUAUUUUAGAUUAUGAUAAUUUUUUGCAUAUUGUGUAUUUGAAUUAAAAUAGAGGGAUUGUUGAUGCAAUAUGCUCUAAAUUAUGGUAACUGUUGAAGGUUGAUGGGAAUUGA